CGGAGUCCCAAUCCCGCCAUUGGCAAGUCGUAUCCAGCUUUCAAUUCGAACUCAGGAUGAUAGAGGGUCCCUUCUUGUUUGCCAUCCUGUGCGGAUUGGCUUCAAUCAGCUGGGCUGAACCGACCAAUUACGAAGCGGCUGCCAAGUACGAAAUGCCAGCACCGACUGCGGCUCCUUACGCAGACAAGAAAGAAGAAUACGCAACGAAACCAGAGCCGAAAAAAGAAGAAUACCCCAUGAGAAAGGAAUACAAGAAAAUGGAACAACCCACCCAGAAAUACAAACGUUCCAUCGAAGACGCUGAAGAAUCGGGAGAUGGCGCUCUAAAAUGGAGACGCGCUCCAGGAGAUGCUUUAACGGAAUCCGAUCCUAUUUGGGGCUUCAGAUAUCGUCCCUACCCCUAUUUCGGCUAUGGUUAUCGUCCAUUUGGUUACGGUCGUUACUGGGACAACGACGACCAAUCAACCACCAAUGAUGUCGAUGAUUCGGAUGUCGACGACGCUGAAGAACAAGCCGAGCCGAUUAAAUUCUGCGUUGGGAAAUUCUGUGUCGGAUCAAAACGCAGAGAUUACGCAAGGGAUCCAUUCAAGGCAUGUUACAGAACGAAAUCCGGACGCCAGAUUUGCGUUGGUAGCGACGGACAAGAAAUGGAUCCACUCCGCGCCUGUUACACCUCGAAAUCAGGUAGAAGAAUCUGCGUGGCAAACGACGAGAUGGAUCCAAUCCGGGUGUGCUACACAUCGAGAUCCGGCCGAAGAAUUUGCGUCGGUAACGACGGCCAAGAAAUGGACCCGAGGGGGCGUUGUUGGCGGACAGCAAGGGGACAACUACGAUGCCGUGGAGGCCAGGCCAUGGAUCCCCUAUGUAUAAAAGGCCCAUUUGGUCUCAAACUUUGCACGUAAGCCUUUGACUUUGCGCUUCCAGUAGAAUUUCAAUGGAUCGAACCCGAAAAAAACAAACAAACAAAAUAAUUUGCAUUCCCUUUCGAAAAUGAUUUACGGCGACAUAGUUCUAGAAUUUUUCUUUGAUGAUUUGGAUGGUUUUCUUGGUUUUGUUUUAAUUUUUGGUGAUUGUCAAAU